AGAUAUAGAUCCGAUAAUGACAUUUGAGAAAACAAAUUGUCGCUAAAAAUUAGGGGAGAGAGGUAGAACCACCCUUAUCAGUUGACACCAUUCAUCAGCAUGUCAAAUUUCUCGUCAUGGUUCUUUCGCUUACGAUAUUCUUCCUCCAAGCUCUUCUAUCGCUACCGCACCCUCCACAAUAAAUACGCACCCACCGUCUUCAACAACUGCUCUGCCAGGAACGCACGCUCAACUUCUCUGCUUCCUUUCGCGCUCGCUCUUUCCGCUGGAUCACUCGCUCUUCAUCCACACUUCAGUCCUUCCUUCUGCGACUCCGACAGAGGUGUGAAUGUCGGGGGCAAAGGUAGCACGCAAUACGUUGUUAAGGGAUCACAGAAGGAAUUUCCGCGGGAGCUUCUCGAGGAGUUGAAGAUCAUCUGUCAGGAAAACAUAUCAGUUGAUUAUGACGAAAGGUAUAUCCAUGGAAAGCCACAAAACAGCUUUCACAAGGCUGUUAAUAUCCCAGAUGUGAUUGUUUAUCCGAGGUGAGACGUACUCUGAAUUGAAGCUUUGGCUGAAAUUUCUGUUUGCUUCCUCGUUCAUCUGAUCAUUGUUUUUGCAAUGUUGCAGUGAUUGCAUUGUCCUAUUAAAUUUUAACUAUAUCACAAUUUGUUACUUGCAUUGAGAAAGACCUUUGAAGUUUCUAUUGCAGUGUUUUCCCAAAUAUUAUAGUUUUGAAGAGACAUAAAUUAUGUUGUUCUUUCUUUCCAUUACGAUUAUCAAAAUAAAACUAUUGAAAAUACUUUCUGCUAAGCUAUGCUGAUAAUCUGUUGUAUUUCUCAAGUGGAGUUGUAAUAUUGUGACAAUUAUAAUAUAGUAGGUUAUGGUGAUCAUCAGAGCAAUUGGACCUGGUGAUAUUUUAUUAGAUGCAUUUGUUCUGAAUAUCAUUUUGAUAUAUCAUAUGCUGAUGCAGCCAUGAUGCUAUAAUUUUUUGCUCGUGGUGUAUUUCUACCUUAAAACAAGUUUUUUUUUCUACAUUUGAUCUGAAUGCUGCUUGAAAACAGACAGUUCAUAUAACGAGGUUAAUUUCUUUAUUAAAAUAAUUUUCUGCACAACACUGGUCAAUCUGGAUUUUUGAAGAUUGGUAAAUUGGAUCAUUUCCAUCAGGUCACCGAACCCUUGCAGAACUAUAUAUUUUUGUUUACAAACAUUAAGGGCUUUAUGUCUAAUAUGCCAUUUUAUUAAGAGAUUCCAGGACAUUUGUUAUGUGCAAAUGCUUAUGUGAGAUGUAAUGACUUUCUGAUGUGUCAUAUUGUUGAUUUCAAAUUUUUUAUCUAACCUGUCUAUCAUUUCUUACAUACAAUUACAAUAUAUCAAAAAGACUUCUUAUAUUUCUAAAUAGUUAAUA